AUGCUCUCUCCCACGAAAAAACACAAACCAACUCUAUCAUCCGAUGAAGAAAAUAAUUCCAAUGCUGAAUCAAGCUCGGAUGAUCAAUCACUACUCACGAAUUCUCCUUCCGUAAAUGUGAUCAUGGAGGGACUUUUUACGAUAGAUCAUGUUCUUUCACCUUUAGAAACACAGGAAUACAUCCGGAAGGCGAAAGAACACACGUGGUCAAAAAGCAAAGUUGGACUAUCCAUCUCUAAAAGCAAUGUGGAUUACGAUUCCGUGAGGACUAGUGAUCAAUUUGAAUUUGAAGAUGAGAAAUUGGCACAGCAUGUGUUCAAGAUUGGAGAAAAGACAUUGAACGAUAUGUUUGAUGGAGCCUCUGCAAAAUUUAUUCCUGAUUGUAUCGAUUCCAAUUGGAAAUGCUAUAGAUACAUGAAGGGUAACUUUUUUGAAAGGCACAAAGACUCGGGUCGGAGCGUGAAUGAUUUAAAGAGCUUUGUGACAGUAUUAAUUUAUUUGAACGGAAAUGAGGAGAGCGAUCAUCAAGAUUUCGAAGGAGGUCAAACCCUAGUUUAUGGACCUACAUGUAAGGAGGGUGUAGACAUUCAUCCCUCCCCAGGAAAAGCUGCAUUCUUCCUUCAUCAAUUAGACCACGAAGCUAUGGAAGUGCUCAACGGUACCAAGUACAUUUUGAAAUCUGUUGUUCUAUUUAAGAAGAAUGAUAAUUAUGAAACAACUAACUCUAAUGCAUCAUCAAUUGAAAUUUCUCUCAAGGAAGAUAUUUUGUUGAGAGUAGGGGACGAAGAAUUCAAAUUGACAAGCGACAUGCUAAAAGAUCAUCCUAAUUGCAUUUUAAAUACCAUGCUUGCCUCACCAAUGACUAAUGGUAUCAAAAAUGACCCAGGUUCAGGUUUAAAACUAUUUGAAUUUCCAGAAAGAAAUCCACAAAUAUUCAAAACAUACGUUAUUCCAGUACUGAGAAAUGAUAUCCUUCCAAACGCCAUCAUGGAUCCUUCUUUAAAGGACAGUAUUGAUUUAGAAUUCAAAUUUUGGGGCCUCCUACCUCCGUUUGAUCCAAUUUUGACCAUUUCUUCCGGGCACAUGCAUGCUUCGAACAUGCUCACUUCAAAAGAAUUAUCUUCCAUCUCACUCUUACUAAAGUCAGACCUUGAGGAGAAACUACAAAUGCUCGAAUGGAGGUUACAAUUUCUAAAAAUUUUGGAAAAGAUCAAAACUAAGAAAGAAAAGUUCUCUCCAAACUUGUUUGAACAAGAUUCAUUGCAAGAAAUAAUGAAAGCCAAUCGUGGGAAAUUCUCACAAGGUUCUAAAAUCUCAUCAGAACAAUACUAUUUCCAUCAAUGGAUUGCCCCUCAAAUUGGGACAUAUCUUUCCAACAAGUAUGAGGUACUGCCACUGAAAUAUCACUACGAUUCGAAUAACUUUCUGAUUGGACAAGAUCGGCACUUGUAUGAAUUAUGUGUACAAGCAUUUGGUGAACAAGCAAUUUCUAUUAGGAACAUUCAAUUUAUACACGAGUCUCACUCCAUCAUGGAAUCAGGAUCCGAUCUAUUUAAUUUUGAAUUGCUUUCUGUGACAGAUGAAAUGCUGGAGAAAUGUAAAAACACUGGGUUUCAGCUCAGUUUUUCAGCUAGUUUGGAAGGUCAGUUGGAUGAAGGCAAAUUUAAAACAGUGAGUGAUAUUUUGAAACAUUACGAGGGAGUAUGCAUUGGGAUGAAAUACGUGGAUUUACUUUUACACGGAGAAGAAGAACAGCAUUGGGAAGGGGAGUACAAUGACGAAUAUGUUCCAAACUUUUCAUUAUUUGUUUUAUGUGUAUUGGUGAUUGAUAUAUCUAAAUUGAAAUGA